AUGUGGCAUCCAUUGAUCCUGUUGGCCUGCGCCGCUGUCAGCUGCGCUCUGGCUGGUCGUCCAGCUCAACGCUAUUUGCCCUCGAACCAGUAUCUGGCGCCGCAUCCAAAUCAAUUGCACUACCAUGGCGUCAGUGGACAGAGUCGGGGAGCGAUUGGUGGGGGCGGCGUGCGGGGAGGCGUCGGCGGACAUCGUCAGGCUCAGAUACCGAUUGUGCGCAGCGACUAUGAGAGCGACACGAGCGGCAAUUACAAUUUUGGCUUCGAUACGGGCAAUGGCAUUCACCGCGAUGAGACGGGCGAAUUCAAAGGUGGCUGGCCCCAUGGAUCCCUCGGAGUGCGUGGCUCCUACUCCUACACGGGCGACGACGGCCAGCAGUAUACGGUGAACUACAAGGCGGACAAGAACGGCUUUCAGGCAGAGGGCGCUCACCUGCCCACCUCGCCAUCGCUGCCCAACGAACAUCAUCAGCACCGCAGUGGCAGUUCAGCUGGCGCCUAUCAUGGCGGUGCCUACCAUGGCUCCGCUUCCAGUGUCCAGCCUCCAUCCUCCCGCUAUCUCCCGCCCAGCUAUCGCCAGCGCAGACACUACUAGAAAUGCUGAACGA